UUCAGUUCUUCUAUUGAAGAACUUCCCUCCAAGCCAAAGAACCUAAAACCCUUAAAAGUUAAAACCCAUAAAACCCAUGCCCCCUUUUCUUAUCUCAUAUUCUAACAUCAAAUUAACUCAAUUUCCCAUAAAAUCAAACCUGCAAAUGUGAUAAAAUCCCAAAAAAUUCUACUCCAAAAGCCUCAAAAUUUCAUACUCCUACUAGUACUACUACAUGCUAACAUUAUCAAGAAUGAAAUCACUACUUUACCCAAUACUUUCAAGACCCACAACACCUCCUUUAUCUUUCUGCUUUCAUUUUCAAGAACCCAUUUUUGUAUGCAGAAGAUAUGGGGUUCAAACAAUAAACCCCAUGAAUAAAGUUUCUUCCUUUAGCUGUUCUACUGUGCCAAACCAUAAUCAAAUUCGGGUCUUGCAUACUGAUGUAUCGGGUUCGGGUUCGGAUUCGGGUGAGGUUCAUGUGAUUGUGGGUCCUAUGUUUGCUGGAAAAACUACUACUCUUUUGAAGAGGAUAAAGUCUGAAAGCAGCAGUGGCAGUUUUCAGGCCAAUGGCGUAAAGAGCUCCCUCUAUUUGGACGAGACAAUAAAAGGUCUCUGUUUCUCAGGAAGGGUGGCUGAAGCAGUUGGAAUAUUGUGCCGCUCUGGUGUACAGGUUGAGGCAGAGACUUAUUCCCUUCUUUUACAGGAGUGCAUUUUCCGGCAAGCAUAUAAGAAAGGGAAAAGAGUCCAUUGGCAAAUGAUUAUUGUCGGCUUUGUUCCAAAUGAAUAUCUGACUAUUAAGUUGUUAAUUUUGUAUGCAAAAGCAGGAGACUUGGAUACCGCACACAUUAUAUUUGAUAAGUUGCAAUUCAAAUGCCUGGUUUCAUGGAACGCUAUGAUUGCAGGAUACGUGCAGAAGGGUAUGGAGGAAGUAGGCGUGAGUCUCUACCAUAACAUGAAACAAAGAGGUGUACUUCCAGAUCAGUAUACAUUUGCAUCAGUCUUUAGAGCCUGUGCCUCUUUAGCAGUCCUGGAGCAGGGCAAGCAAGCACAUGCGCUGUUGAUUAAAAGCCAAAUUAGUGGAAAUAUUGUAGUUAAUAGUGCACUUAUGGACAUGUAUUUCAAGUGUAGUUGUCCAUCUGAUGGCUAUCUUGUGUUUAGUAAGUCCUUGGAAAGGAAUGUGAUAACGUGGACUGCUUUGAUAUCUGGGUAUGGACAAAAUGGAAGAAUAGAAGAUGUUCUGGAAUCAUUUCAUAGGAUGAUAGAUGAAGGAUUUAGGCCAAACCAUAUUACAUUUCUUGCUGUUCUUUCUGCUUGUAGCCAUGGGGGUUUGGUAGAUAAAGGUAAGGAGUAUUUUUCAUUGAUGAUGAGAGAUUAUGGGCUUCGACCAAGAGGAAAACAUUAUGCAGCUAUUGUGGAUCUUCUAGGCCGUGCUGGAAGAUUACAAGAGGCUCAUGAGUUUGUCAAAAACUCGCGUUGUGGGGAGCACCCUGUAUUAUGGGGUGCCUUACUAGGGGCUUGUAAGAUUCAUGGAGAUAUCGAGAUGGUCAAACUUGCUGCUAGAAAUUUCUUUGACUUGGAACCUGAGAAUGCAGGCAAAUAUGUUGUCUUGUCUAAUGCUUAUGCUUCUUUUGGUUUGUGGAACAAUGUUGCGGAGGUAAGGAGACUGAUGAAGGACUCAGGGGUGAAAAAGGAGCCUGGUUAUAGCAUGAUUGAGGUGCAAAGACAAACACAUUUCUUCUAUAUGGAGCAUAAUGCUCAUGAACAGACUGAUGAGAUAUAUAAAUUGGUCAAAAAUAUGGCAGGUGUCCUAAAAGACGCUGGUGAUAUUCCAGAUUUACUGAGUUAAAGAAGAAAGGACCAACAUCAGUAUAGGUUGAGCAUUUGGUUGAAUCCUCAGUCAUUUAUCUGUAUAUAGUUUUAAAGGGUAAUUUUACUGUAUCUCCAGACUCCAGCUAUUAUGCUAGUAGCUAUUCACGUUAUAAAAGUGGAAAGACUAACAGUCAAAAUAGAAAGGAAAACAGGCUUCAGCGUUUGUGCUAUGCACUUCCCACACAAGUUUUCUUUGGAGAUGAUAUUUGCCUUUGAAUGCAAAAAUUGGAUUGUGUUUUCUUUGCAGUUUGAACUGCUAUAAGAUGGUGCCUUUUGGCAAGCGGGGGCUUGCUAUUUGCUUCUAUGAAGAACAUGUAUGUGAAUAAACAGAUGGAUUGCUUGUUACCAAGAAAUGUGUUGGAUCUCAGUUUAUGUGAUGGGGUUCUUGGUAAAACAAGUUUACCAAUGAAAAACAUAUUCUCUUGGGUCAUUUUAUAUUGCUGUAACAACGGAGUUCGCUAGUUUAUAAUAAAAUGCUUGAACAGCCAUACCUCAUCAUAGUUUGAAUUUCUAGAAAGUAAUUCUAUUUUUUCUAACGAUACAAUAUUCUAACCAAUGCUGCUCAUAGAUGAUAAUUUUGGGCAUUCUAGGAAACAUUUCAUGUAAAAUUUGUCUUUCUAUGUCUUUAUUUAUGUCAUGGGAGGCUUUCCAGCCAUGCCCCAUGACUCCUUGGACGCGCCCCGUGGUGUCCUAGCAAGCCUCCCAACACCUAGCGCCACGGACGACCCCGUGGUCUAGGCCGCGCCAAGUGACAAGCGCGCAUGUGCCUCUGUCGCCCCACCGAUAUCCCUCGCUAGCGCCCAGCCGCAAGCAGCUGCCAACAGCACCGCACGCGCAGACAAUGCCGCGCGCGCAGAUCGUGAUGCCUGAGACAAAGUUGCUGACAACGGACCUGUUUCUACCUUGU